GCUGAUUUUGACCUGGCACAUGAAGUUCAUUUUAUAUAAAAUAUUUCAUAUACCCGCGCGUGUAUUCAAAUCAACAAUAAAAACACUUUCCUGACGCAUCACAUGAAUGUGAAUCCAGCGCGUGUUUGAUAUAUCGAGGGGUACGUCAGUGCUUUUCACAAGGCGUCUAUAGCCUAAUUUCUACUAGGCUAUGUUGGCUUAUCUACAUAAAUUCAAGUACUAGAUUCUGUACAAGGUGUCUACACUAUACUGUCGCAACCACCACAUAGCAUAUAUCAUAGUAUUAUACAGCACUGAGUAAACCAGACUAAAAUCGUUGGGAAUAGUUUUAUUCGUUAUAAUUUAGCUAUCGCGCUCUUAUACGGAAAUAUAACUAGUUCUAACAUACAAUCCAUAUCGGUGCGGGGAAGCAUCAGCAUGAUCAUGACUGAUGGGCCGGGCAGCGCUAUUGCAUUCCGAAACAGUGAUACCAGCGACAUCAAGGAUCAAAGCCUUUUAGACACAGAUACAAGCUCCGCUGCACUGUCUCCCAAGAAACAGUCAUAUAACCGGGGUGUGAAUGUUGUGGAUUCAAGUGAGACCGAACCUGACGGUCACCCACUUGCCUUACUUGUACGUGAGGCAGUGAAAACGUAUAAUGAUGAUAAUGAUAGCGCCGGUGGAAGCAACGAAGGUUCUGAUGGUAGUUUGAAUACCCUGGCGAAGACUGAUAGCGCUACUGACUGUGGGGACUCGACUGGGCUUCAAAAGCGUAAGGGCAUCAACAACACCCCGCAUCACGCACGGUCACGGUCGUACGAGGAUUCUGAGCAGGAAUAUAGUGAAGAGAAUGUGGAGUUAUAUCGGGGUGACGAUGGAAACUUGGUAGAUGGAGGUUUUACCCGGCCACACAGGUACAGUACAUCAUCAUCUGUAGGAAAUAACAGUAACACGGACAAUAAGGCGCAUACCAAAGCACGCACGAGGACCGCUGUCAUUGGCAGUACAUCGCACCAUUCUAAGCGGAAGUCCAUGCCUAUGUCGGCGUCUCUAUCCGCGUCGAAUUCGUCGUUUGGGCCUGCGAGCCCUGUCAAUACACGCCACGCCUCAUACACACUCGGUCACAGUGGUACUAGUGGUCAAAGUGGUAGCGGUGGGAGUAGCAGGAACAACAAGCUCACACACCUACACACGUCGUCAUCAUUACCUCACCCGAACUCGAGCUCGCAGUCGCGUGCAUCACACAGUUCUACGCUAUCGAGCAGUGGUUUGCGUAAGGUGUCUGGCAAUAGCCUGCAUGCGAGCUCCUCUAGGCGGUCUCAAACCAUUAACCCUCCUUUCCAAGGCGAUACAAACCAUUAUGGCUAUACACAACCGUACAGCCACACAUCACACGGUAGUAGUAACAGUGGCGAAGCAGAGCCAGAGCCUGAGCAGAAUAGCAACACGUGGGUAUCUAUGCCUAUAAUUGCCUCGGUCGUUCUCGGCAAUGGUACGUUGUUGGACUUUGUUCUGUUCGUGCUGACCCUGGCCUGGCUGUACUAUCUCAUCACCAAACCCGAGAAACUCUACUCCAGCGUGCGCGCCGGUAAAGCGGCGAUACGCAACACGCGCAACGAAGACGAUGUCAGCGACGACGUGCGUGCCCUUACCUCGCUCGAGCGACGCGCCAUAUUCUUUGGCUUCAUCUCCCCUUUCGCCGGGGGUGCCACAGUACAUGUGCUGCAAGGCUUAUCGAACGGCCCGUGCAUGCACAUUCUGAAACCACACGUGUUUGUGUUUAUUGCGCUGCUGCGGCCGUUUCUGCUGAUGUUCAGCGACUGGAACAUCGAGGCCGAUGGGUUGAUCCGGCGCGCAUUGCAGGAAAAGAGCAGCGGCCUGGAUGACAUCAGAAUGAUGAAGGAGAGCAUCAACAAAGUCUACCGAGAGUCCAAAGCUCAGCGGGCCGAGAUGUCUGAGAUACUGAGUAGUUUGGAUAUGAUGAAGCACCACACCGACAUGCAGGAGGAUACGAUCUACCGACUGGCGACACAGCAGAGGAAAUUGCAACGCGCGUUGGGGGAGGAGCAGCAGCAGCAACAACGUGUGCUGCUGCGCAGGCACUCUGAGAUGGAUAACGAGACCAAUAACGGGAUGCAUGGGACCGAAUCGUCCCAGUCUGAAUACGCUGGAAUUACGGACGACGGCCACGAGCACCGAAACUCGGGUAUGUUUGGGCCGGAUUCUAUUACUGGCGACAAACUGGUUGAGGAUGUGGAUAGUGGCUACAAGACUGGGAAGGUGUCUGUAUCGUCAGGAGAUGUCGAGAGGGAGGAGAGUGUACACUGGUUAAUGGGAAGUCUAGGUCUAGGUCCUGGAGAGGAUUCAUCUAUGACGUUACUGUCCUUGUUCAGCAUCGAAUGGCCCAGUGUUAAGGCAUGGAAAAUCGUGCGGUGGGUGUACAGCCAAUACACCAAGCCUUCGAGGCCGGCUAUCACGGCGGCUUAGUACGUUUUUAAUGCGGUGCAUAAUAAUUAUCGUGGUGUAUACGCAUAUAUAUAUACGCACUAGCAUGUACACGCAAGACACAAACACAUACAUACAUCGCACAUAUGCAUAUAUAUAUAUAUAUAUAAUAUAUAUAUUUAUAUCUAUAUAUAUAUAUUUGUAUAUUUAUUUGUAUAUAUAUUAUCUUAUAUUAUAUAUAUAUAUAUAUAUAAUGCAUAUAUACUAUACGGUUGCAACUGUGUUGUGUAUAAUGUCAGUGAUGACACAUGACACAACAUCCUUGAGGGGGCGUGGAAGCCAAUUUCCUAGCUAUGGAAAGAACAUUGCAGUAACAUAUAUGCACGAGAAGUCAUAUCCGCUUUCUAUUAGACAGUCAAUCGAAAAGUUAGUACGUCUAAUGUCAAAGUGAAGAAACACAUGUAGUACGAAGGAAACGACUUGGUGUACAUUGAACAGCAACACGGGAGGCCGUGGAGGACUAUUGACAUGAAGGUUUAGCUCGAUGUACUUGUCUUAAUACGAGUUUCAAGUCUAAGGUACUAUUUAAUAAGGCAGGUAUGAAAGUUGAGUCAGUACUAUAUUGUAUAGUCAGCUCAGAAAGCCCUCGAUGUCUGUCAUGGCACAGCGUAGUACGCAGAAGCCAACGUUUGAUACAAUACACAUGUUUCAAAGUUAGUAAGCUAAAUAAAUGUCACAAUGGAAAGCGACGGGCG